AUGGAACAUAAGCAUAUGUUAUCUGCAGUUGGGGGUUCUCCGGCUCAAGUAGCUCCUGGGGAUAGGAAAGUUGACAGGUUUAGUGGUCUUCCAGACAAUGUGGCUCAUCACAUUCUGUCACUAAUCAAUUUUAGAGAACUCACUCGACUGGGUUGUCUAUCCAAAAGGUGCAGACAGUUGUAUUUGACAGCCCCAUCAUUCAGGAUUUAUGAUGAUUGUGGAGGAAACAAGAAGGAGCAAUUGCGCUUGUUGAACUGUAUAGAUAGGUUCUUGCUCCUUCGUGGGUAUAAUAAGAUGCAGAGUGUUACUUUUGGUUGGGGUUUCUGUUCUGGCAUCUCUGAUGAGAUAUAUCGGAUGAUCACGUGGAUGUAUAUUGCAUUAAAGUGUAAUGUUGAAGAGCUUGAAUUUCAGGUUAGGAAAGGGUAUGCACCUGAGACUUUAGAAUUGCCACCUUGA